GUCAAUAUGUAAUGUGACUAUUCACCGGGUACAGACAUAUAGCUAUACAGACGUCGUGUGUAUAAAUACAACGUGCGUAUAUACUGGCUCACUGUAUCUUAGACUUCAUUCAAUAGAGGUGUCGACCGUGUAUAACGUUACUAUAUAAGUUAGUAAACUUAACCAGAACAACCAACAGAUUUCAUAUAACAUUACGUCAAUUGUCCAACCUAUCCAAAAUGUCUGGUCCAGGGCCUAUGGUAACAUUUAACAACGGAAACAAGUUUCCAAUUAUUGGACUUGGAUCUUGGCAGGCAACGAAAGAAGAAUGCCAAAAGGCCAUCCGUGCUGCUUUAGAUGCCGGUUAUCGCCAUAUUGAUACUGCUAUGGCAUAUGGAAACGAGGCUGAUAUUGGAGAAGUGUUACAGGAAUAUAUGAAGGCGGGAAAACUUAAAAGAUCAGAUUUCUACAUCACAACUAAGCUGUGGAUUACAUACCAUCAACCAGAAAGAGUCAUGCAAUGCCUGGAUAAAUCACUGGCUAAUCUUAAGCUAGACUAUGUUGAUCUUUAUCUUAUUCAUACGCCAUGUGCUUUUGAGGAAACUGGAAAUGGAUUUUUCCCUGUACGUGAUGACGGAACACCAGCUUAUCUGAAUAUUCCUGUUGAGGACACCUGGAAGGCAAUUGAGAAAGCUGUCACGAGUGGUAAAGCUAAAAAUAUCGGAGUGUCUAAUUUUAACAGCAAACAGGUAGCGAGAGUGUGUAAAAUCGCAACUAUUAAACCCGUUACAAAUCAGGUUGAAUGUCACGCCUACUUCAACCAAGCUAGACUCAAGAAAGCCUGUGAAGACUAUGGUAUACUUAUAACUUCUUACGGUUCUCUCGGUUCACCAGGCAGACCCGAUCGUUUAAAGGAGGCCACAGAACCCGUCUUAUUAGAAGAUCCAUUAAUUAAACAAUUGGCUAUAAAAUACAAGAAGACACCAGGACAGGUUUUGUUACGCAGUUUAACACAAAGGAAUAUUCUGGUUAUACCAAAGAGUACCAACCCUGAUAGAAUACAACAAAACUUUCAGAUUUUUGACUUCAAACUGACCGAAGCUGAGUUGAAACAAAUAGACGGAAUAAACAAAGAACAUAGGUACUUUAACAUGAAAGAGGGCGUGGGUCAUCCAGAGUAUCCAGGACAAGAACCAUUUUAAAAUAGAAAUUAGAUUAUUUUAUAUUUGUUUUGUUUUCACGUUUUUACCAAGAUGCUUUUAUAGCCUUUACUUUAAUAGUUUUGUACGUUUUUAGUGUUUUAUGUUUAUAGUUUUGUAAGUUUAGAGUGUUUUAUGUUUAUGGUUUUUACCUUAAAGGUUUAUUGCUUUAUGUUUUAAUUAAAUCUAAUCCCCCAUUCCGAGUUGUAUAUGCUCUUGGUCUGCUCUACAUAAAUACUUCUUUAUUUUUAAGUCCUAGUUGAGCUUCUUUGGUUUGCUUAAACCAUUACUGCCGUACGAAAAGUUGAACACGCACUUCAUAAAGAUGUUGUCACAAAAACCGAAAGGAAAGACAAUGUGGUUUAAUGCAACUGCAUACACAUUGCAUUGAAAUAAUAUUAGGAGGAAUACAUUAGAUUAAGGUUUAAGGAAUUUCGCACUAUUUAUUUCAUUUCGUUUUAUUACUGGCAUUUUUAUUUUAUUUCUAGAUUGUAUGUUUAAGAUUUAUAUUUAUACCGGUGUAAACAAAUCUAAAAUUUAUUUAUUAUGUUUGACAAAAUACACAAUUUUACCAUGUUUGUUGUGUUUGUAUGUUUUGUCUGUAUUUUUCCCUUUGAGUUAAUGUCCAUGUCUUUUUUUAAAUAUCCACCGUAAAGAAAGAGAUUUAAUAGUGCCAUGAAAGAAGAUGUUGCAAUGUACCGUUUUGUUGCCAGAUUUUAUAAAAAGUUAUCAAUGUUUUCUCAAUAAAAAGUAACAUGUUUAA